UAAGAUAAAAUAUCACCUUAAAAUAACGAAGGAGGAGAUCGCCGCUAAUGAGAGAGGGGGAAGCAGAGAAUGGAAAAGAGCCGCAAAAGGAAGCAGAAGGUGGAGCGUGACGACAAAGAACCAAAGUCCAAGUCGGUUCGUGUGGGUCCAAGCCGAACCGAAAACCUCAAAGACCCAUUCCCAUCUCACAGUCGACCCACCCCGCCAGAGUGCCAAGCCGUACGAGACACUCUCUUAGCCGUACACGGUUUUCCCCCAGAAUUCGCCAAGUACCGCAAACUACAACCAACCGAUCAUACGGUCGAACCGGAGCCAUCAGAGACCGUUCUGGACGGUUUGGUUCGAACCGUGCUCUCGCAGAACACCACUGACGCCAAUUCCCAACGGGCCUUCGCUUCCCUCAAAUCCUCCUUUCCCACUUGGGAACAUGUGCUUGGUGCUGAGUUCAAGGAUGUGGAGAAUGCCAUUCGAUGUGGAGGUCUAGCCCCAACUAAAGCUUCUUGUAUUAAGAAUGUGUUACGUUGCUUGCUUGAGAGAAGAGGCAAAUUGUGCUUGGAGUAUUUGCGAGACUUGUCCAUUGAUGAAAUUAAAGCUGAGCUGUCUCUUUUCAAAGGAAUUGGUCCCAAAACAGUGGCUUGUGUGUUGAUGUUCAAUCUUCAGCAAGAUGAUUUUCCUGUGGACACUCACAUAUUUGAGAUCGCAAAAACCAUUGGUUGGGUACCGGCUGUUGCAGACAGAAAUAAGACGUAUCUCCAUCUAAAUCAAAGGAUCCCAAAUGAACUUAAGUUUGACCUGAAUUGCCUUCUAUUUACACACGGGAAGCUCUGCCGUAAAUGCACCAGUAAAAGGGGUAACCACCAGCCAAAGAAAUGUAAUGAUGACUCCUGUCCUAUAUUGAAUUAUUAUAAAGAGUCAGUUUGAACUUUGAACUUUGAAUUCUGCAAACAAAUUAUUUUGAGUCGUUUUUCUUAAAGUACAUGAACUCAAUAUGAGCAUCUGAUCUUCUAACUGUAUAGAAUACAAGUGGUAUAGACUUAGGCUGGAAAACAUCUUUGAAAUGUUAGUUGAAAGUUAGGCUAACCAUGAGUGCUAGUGGAUCAAACACUU